GGGGGGGACUACUCAGACGAGAGACUCCUAAACAAGAGAUAAACACCUUUAUCAUAUACUGCAAUCGAGUGAAUGUUUUUUUCAGUAGUAUUUGAUCGUUAGUUGAAUGUAAUGAUAGCAAUCAUUGGGGUUAACUACAAAUGACAAAAGUUUCUCUUGGACGGAAAUUUGCCGCAAAACGGAGAUAAAAUGACCCUCACGUCCAAGGCUCAAUGUUUCAAAUCCAAGUUUAUCACUGCUGAGCUGGCUCGUCUGUUCAGCCAGUCGGACAGUGAGGAGGAGUUUGAAGGUUUCAGCGAGGAUGAAGAAGAGGACAGAGGUGGUUUUAACCAACAGCUAAAGAGCAAGAUAGUGGAUUCAGACGAGGAAAGCGACGUGGACACAGGCUUCUACUCUGAUGGCGAGGAGGCCCCCCCACCAAAGAGGAAGAGCCUUUUAGUAGCCCUGAGGUUUCCAGUCAAAAGACUGUCUACCCCCAAACAGGAACUGAAAGAGAAAAAUGUCAAAAAGCCACUCAAAGAAAGUCCUCCGUCACAGAGAGGCGGAACGAGGCAGAGGAUGAAGCAGCAGCAGCAGCAGCAGCAGCAGAGGAUGAAGCAGCAGCAGGAUGAGGAAGAGGAGGAGGAGGAGGAGGAGGAGGAGGAAGAGGAUAAAGAGGAAGUCCUGACUCAUAGCCUAAGGAAACGAGACAAGAACAUCAAGGAAAACAAAGCCAUGCUGGCUAAGCUGUUUGCUGAUCUGAGCACGAUGGCUGACCUUACUCUGCCCACCACCCCUCAAAAGAAGAAGCGGUUGCCAGAGAAAACAACGCCACGAAAACGCAAGUUUGAAUCAGAAAAGGGGUCUGAAAGGAGGAACCCGUCCCGUAAGGCUCGUCCUCCUGAGAACUUUGCAGUGGAGGAAAAGAGCGAGCCACUCACCCCCAGAAGCACCAGGAGCGUAGACAUCAGGAGACUGGUGGAGGUGGACAGUGAACAUGUCGGUGAGGUACGGAAAAAGAGGAAGAGUUCCAGAAGGAGCCAGUAUGAGGUGAAGUCAGUCGACGAGAUAACCAAAGAAGACCUGGACAACAUAGCAUACCGCAGCAAAGACAAGAUCUGGGACAAGGACAAUGGCAGCUCAUGUCACCAGUGCAGACAGAAGACUCUGGACACCAAGACAGUGUGUCGCAGUGGUUUCUGUGUGGGGGCCAAAGGUCAGUUCUGUGGGCCCUGCCUCAAGAACCGCUACGGAGAGGACGUACGUGUCGUGCUGCUCGACCCGACAUGGUCGUGUCCCAUCUGCAGACAGAUGUGUAACUGCAGUCUGUGUCGUAAGAAGGAGGGCCGCUGUGCUACCGGUAUCCUGGUGGGAUUGGCCCGCUACAACGGCCAUGACAAUGUCCACGAGUACUUGGAGAGCAUUCAGAAGGAGUUGCAGUGAAGUCCAGAGAGGAGAACCUGCUGGUACCUGGAGCAGUCACUUGUGCUGCACAGUACUGUAGAACUCAUUUUAAUGCACAUUUUUAGGUUUAGAUCGACCUUUUAUCUAACUAGAGAAACAAAAGCAAAAAUAUGUCUCUUGUUUUGUCAACUUAACAUAAGGCACAUAACACUGUUGAUAUGUUUUAUAUAUCCUCAUUUAAGGCUGCAUAAGAUGCAGGGAUGUUUUUAUUUUAAAGUCAGUACUCAGUUUUGAGUUGUAUAAUUUCAUUUGAAUAUUCUUACUCUUGAUGCUCAAUAGAGCAAAUGUAAGGUGUGGUUAUUUUCUGUGUUGCUGAUGCAAAACGAGCCUUUUAUACAAACUACUUUAAAAGUGAGUAACUUUACAGCUUUCAUGUCGGUGCACUGUAAGUGUUAAUAAAGAAUGAAGACUCUUUUUAAAAAAUAUA